GCCGUUACCAGCCUCCGGCCAGGCGGCGGCGCUCACGUGCGCGCCGGGCGACAACUGAACACAUCAUCCCUGAUGACGUUUGGACCGAAAAAAACAGGAAAUUCUGUAGAAACGAAAAGUUCGAGACGUUUUGAAAUCAAAGAUGGCUUGCUUUGACAGCAGUAAGGGGAGUCUGGAGGAGGACAGCUAUGAAGGAGCUGUUGGUGGAGAGCUGUCUGGCUGUGCAUUGGCAAUGCUCGAAAAGGAACGGGAGUCCCUUCUCAGCCCUUCAGAGAGCCCUGGCACCUACAUCAGCAGCACCUCUGCUAGUUUUCCAGCCGCUGUCCCCCCCCAGGGCUAUGAUGUGGAGUUUGACCCACCUCUCGAGAGUAAAUAUGAGUGCCCUAUCUGCCUCAUGGCUUUGAGGAAUGCCAUUCAAACGCCCUGUGGUCACCGUUUCUGCAAGAACUGCAUCGAGAAGUCCAUUCGUGAUACAGGACAAAGGUGCCCUGUGGACAAUGAAAUGCUGUCAGAGGACCAACUGUUUCCUGAUAACUUUGCUAAACGUGAAAUCCUGUCACUAACUGUUCGCUGUCCCAAUUCUGGCUGUGCUGACAAAAUGGAGCUCCGACAUUUAGAGAAUCAUUUAGCAUGCUGUCAGUUUGCCACUGUGCCUUGCCCACAAUGCCAACAGUCUGUGUGGAAGAGCCACCUAGAGCAGCACACAACUGUUGAGUGCCAAAGGAGACCUGUGUCGUGCCAAGAUUGUGUGGCAACCUUUGUUUUUGAGGAGAAAGAGCUCCAUGAACAACAAUGUCCCUUUGCCAACGUGACGUGCCAGUACUGUGAGAUGGAUCUGAUCAGAGACCAGAUGGAAUCUCAUUGUGAUACAGAUUGUCCAAAAGCACCCAUCGCCUGUAACUUCAGCACCUUUGGAUGUAAGGAACGGAUGCAGCGCCACAACCUGGCUCAGCACAUGCAGGAGUUCACGCAGAUGCAUAUGCGCUAUAUGGCGGAGUUCUUGCGUGGCCUUUGCCUCAAUGGCACCACACCCAAAUCCCUGUGGGCCCAAGGACCUUCUGUUUCCUCUGAAGAUCUAGGAGCAGCAGCAUCAGCACCAGCCUGUAGUGGACCCAGAGGAGCUGCGAGCUGCAGCGGCAACAACUGUGCCCCAAGUCAGCCAAACGAGGAGAUGCAGAGGCUCAGGGAGAUGGAUGGACGAUUGGUAAAGCAAGAUCACCAGCUGCGUGAGGUCAUCAUUUUAAAGGAAACCCAGGCUGGCCAGCUUGCAGAACUCAGACGUAGGGUUUCGAUUCUAGAGGAGACAGUGAAGGAGCUGGAGUCCCAGCAGUGUCACGGUAUCUUCAUCUGGCACCUCAAAGGUUUCUCUGCACACCUGCGGAACCAAGAAGCAGGUCAGCCAGUUGUUGAGCACAGCCCCGGCUUCUACACGGGCCGUCCUGGCUAUAAGCUGUGCCUGCGCUUACACCUGCAGACCCCCAAUGCCCCGCGCUGCUCCAACUAUAUCUCCCUCUUCGUCCACACAAUGCAAGGAGCUUUUGAUGGCCAGCUGACCUGGCCAUUCCAGGGCACCAUCCGCCUUUCCAUCCUAGACCAGGGCCCUGAAGGUCAGCACCACACUGAAGUGAUGGAGACUAAACCAGACCUGCAGGCCUUCCAGAAGCCCACCAUCCAGCGCAACCCCAAAGGAUUCGGCUACGUCACCUUUCUGCAUCUGCAUCAGCUGAAUCAGAGAUCCUUUGUUAAAGAUGAUACUCUGCUUAUCCGCUGUGAGGUGACUCCACGUUUUGACAAUAUGGUUCACCGUGAGGGACCACCAGUGCAGCCUAGAGGACCUGAGGCCUCAGUUUCGAGGGACUAAAGUCAAAACCAUAUCUACUGGAUCAACAUGUUGCAGAGUUGUCAGUUCAGUACUCAGUAUCUCCGUGUUUAAUUCAUGGACAAAUGGAAAAUUCAUGUUCUUGCAAGUAUGCUAGUAUUUAUUUGUUUGCCAGCUUUACUCACACAUUGUACCAACAUUCAACAAGCCUCAUAAGUUCAAAGUCUGUGUAUAGUACCAUAGUCAAUAAUACUUAUCAGCUCAAUAUCACUAGUUUUAUCAUGUACACUUACUGCCUACAGACUGAAUGUUGCUAAAGACUUUGCUCUCUUGGUCUGGUUGCUGGAAACUGCACUGAAUGUUAAAGAUCCUCUUUGUGGAGUUUUUGAUCACUGGUGGAACUGUGGAACUUUUUGACAGAGGCAGAGCCACAUAGUGUAGGUUUUUACCAUAUCCUGUCCUAGCAUAAAAGGAUUUAAGUGUGUGCACAGUGGCAUGUGAGUCACGUGAUACACACUCUACUCUACUCUACUACUGCACAGGACAAGACUUGACUUUGCAGUGCCUGGGUCCAGAAAGACAUUUUCUUGUACCAAGUAAUAGAACAGAAAUGACCGUAAAAACAAUAAAGAAGUGCCACGAAAACUCUGAAAGAGCUUCUUGUAGGGCUCCAGGUUACAACUGUUUUAGUCGCAGAUGCACCCAAAAAUCUGUCAAACGCAACUUAAUAUUUUCAUUGGUCACGUUUUGAAACAACUGAGUGCAUCACGUUUUCUUGUUGCGCGUGGACCUUUGGACCUUUGGACCUUUGAUUUCAUGCCCACAAUUCUUUACAUGAUGGGUUAAGAAGCUGUAAUGUCUUAUUAGGUGCACCUAAAUCAUGUGUGAAUGUACCUAAAUGUGCACCAGCACAGCCAGAUUAAAAAGUUAAGCGCUGGAAUCUGGAAUAGAAUUUGAAACCUUAGUCCAUCAGAAAUUACACCUCGGGAGGUCUUUAACGUUAUAUUAUUGUCCUGCCUUUCUUGUUAUCAGAAACUUUAAUUCCAUGUAUGAGCAGCUUUCAUUUGAAUGAAUGGGAUGCUAUCGCAGAACCUCCAGUCCAUUUCCUUUAAUAUGUCUGUGGGUAAAACAAGAUGCAGAGUCACUGGAGAAUGCAGCACAGAGCCAAGAAAUAAAUGUGGCCAUGUCAAACAAAAUUUAAAAAAUAAUGUACAGUAACAUCACUUUGCUUCGUUGUAUUGUGCCGAAUAUUUGGUGGCGCUGACAUGGCAAGCCACCGCCAGCAAUAGGUGAAGAAGAAGAAGAAGAAGACUACUAGUUUUGGAAGUAAUGCAAGUUUCAAAAUACGCCAAGGAAUACUAGAAUGUAGAAAUACUGCAUUUGUUCAACCUCAAGGAAACAUACAGUAUGUUCUGAUUGGAAACUGACUGUAGACAUAACUGUGUUUACACCUAAACACAUAUGGUAGCUUUUAAGCGCACAACUGUCAUCAAUAUGCUCUCCAAAUUCAAUAUUCUGCACUCUGCUGUUUAUCUGGUUUAAUUAUCACUGUGGAUCUUUAACAUAACACGUUACAGCUGUGCAGAUUUGUCACUACACUGCUCAUUUAGGUUUUUUAUAGAACUUGAGGUGCCUUUCACACAAAUUCCUGCCUAACGUGAUAUGGAAAAAUGUUUUCGAGAGUAGACAUAAAUCCAUCAUGGGUCAGUGCCCUGACUUUAAUACCAUACCACCUGUAAAGCCUUUACAUGUAAUAAUUAAUAUAUUGUUGUUGUUUUUUUUUUUGGUUUUUUUCAUUCCCCAUCUGUAAGAUGUAUUCAUUGUGAUGAUGCCGUUUAGAGUGAGCUGAUGUUGUUGUUUGUGCUGUGUCAGUGUUGUUUGCCAUGGAUCGUGGCACAUGAUCCAAUACUGAUGAGAAUAGCUGUAAACUUAGUCAAUCUCAUUUAAUGUCUUAUACUGACUUGGACUAUGGAUUAAAAAUAUAUA